UGAUGACCAAAAAGCCCAGUCCCUUUUCCGUUUUGUUUUGAAAAAAGAAGAAAAUCUCGCGCAAUUCGCUCCGCUCUUGGUCCCAAUUAGCACCUCCUCUGCACCCUCUCCCCAUUCCACACACUCACACGCACACAUGACUGCGAACUCGACUUUCAGCCCCGUCGAGGUCAACCUCGACGGCAGCCCGACGGGCGGAGACUGGGCCAUGAUGAUACUCGCGCUCGUCAACAUUGUGGUCAACCUCAUUGCCAUCAGCUACCUGGUCUACUGGCGCACCUGGGCUCCCAUCCGCGCCAAGCAGCUCGAUCUCUUGAUCAUCUCCACUUCCGCUUCCUUCAUCUGGCUUCUUGGCACUUUUAGCGCCACUCGAAUCAUUCCACAAACAGGAGGCAUGCUUGAAUGCGCUUUCUGGUCUUGGUGGGUGCAGUUCGUGUUUGGCGCCCUUCUGUGGAUUUCGUGCAUCAUCCUUCGCAUGUAUCGGCUCUACGUCAUUCUGAUCAAGACGCAGAUGCGCAUGAACUCGAUGAAGCACCCUCAGGUGUGGAUGUACACUCGUCUGGCUGUCAUUUCCGUACCCGGCCUGAUCUUCUUUAUCGCCAUGACCGCUAUUGGCGCGAGUUACAUUGAACCGCAACCAACACUGGAGGGUCCGUUCAUGAAGCUGUGCACAAUGGACACUUACGCAGUCUAUGGCGUGUUCGCAGUGUCUGUUGCUUACAUGGUCCCUUGCGUCAUUCUCAUUUACCAGCUCCGCAAUAUUCGCAAAUUCUUGAACGAGUUCCGCGAGGCCAAAAUCGCCUUUGCCUGCAUUGUGUCCUGCGUCGUGGUCUACGGCGUUAUUUUUGUUGCCGCAUGGCAACUCCGCGUCUGGGGCCGUGUUCUUGCUGCCAUGAUCAUUCUUUUCAUCAUUAAUGUCUGCUUCUGGACGAUUGUUGGACGCACCAUCUACGGCCGAUUGUUCCAUCCCGAGGCCUUCCUUGAAGAAUUCAACCAGAACAAACAAAAGGAAGUGAGCACCACCCCUUCCAGCAAAAAGAAGGGUCUCACAACCACCUCAAGCAACCGCAAGUCAAACGCCGCCGCCACAACGGGCUCAUCAGACCGUGGUAGCGUCGAAACGCCUGAAGCUGGUUCACACACAGUGAUUGAGGAAAACUUUGUGGCAGACAUCACAGAGCUAGAAAUGCAGUCCGAGACACCUGAAAUUGAAGUUGUCGAGUCGUAAGACUUGCUCCCGGAACAAUCCGAUCGCUGCUGCUGCUGCAUGGUCUUCGGUCUGCGACCAACCCAUCGCGGCAUUCUCGUCGGGCUACGAUUUAUAUCUUGUUUUGAAUUUGUUUCUCAAAGUUGCUGUUGUUCCUGUUGAUGUAGGCUUGUGCGAAAUUGCCACAAGUUCUAUUCAGUUUUUUGUUGUUGUUUUGUUGCGCUGGCGCGUGUUUUUGUCUCUGUGACAAUCUGGUUUGUUUGUCAUGGUGUCGAUAUUGUACAGUAUUAACAAAAUUCCGAUUCUUUUGUCUA